CGUCAUCUUUUCUCCCUCGCUCACCCACAAAGACGGCACACUGCCUCUUCCUUGCUCUCCCUCCUUUUUCCAGAUCUAUAAACACUCCAGAUCCUUCGCCUCCGCCUCGUCGCCUGGAUUCGAUCGCGUCGCGCCGCAUUGCCCGCGCAAUCCGAGGCCUUGAGGUUGUUCCUUCGUUGGGUGGCAGUCGUAGGCGGGGUUGGGUUCGAGGAGGGAGCGGAGGCGGGAGAAUGGGGGCGAAGUACACGAAGGGGUGCACCGGGUGGCUGAUCGUGCUCGUGGUGGCGGCACUGGUCGUUGCCGCCGUCUUCUUUGCCGUCAAGAAGAAGCACCACCACAGAGACGUUCUCCCCGUGCCGGGGCCGCCAGGGGCCCUCGACCAGAAAUACGCUGAUGCGCUUGGAGUGGCUUUGCAGUUCUUCCAAGUUCAGAAAUCGGGUAAACUGGUCGAUAACAAGAUCACUUGGAGAGGGGACUCAGCUUUGGACGAUGGAAAAGAAGCGGGAUUGGAUCUCUCUAAAGGAAUGUAUGAUGCAGGUGAUCACAUGAAAUUUGGUUUUCCGAUGGCAUAUACUGCAACAGUGUUAUCAUGGUCGAUCCUUGAAUAUGGGGACCAAAUGUCUGCUGCCAAGCAGCUGGAUCCGGCUCUAGAUGCUCUCAAGUGGAUCACAGAUUAUUUGAUCAAUGCCCACCCUUCUGACAAUGUGCUAUAUGUCCAGGUUGGAGAUCCUGAUAUAGAUCACAAAUGUUGGGAAAGACCAGAAACAAUGACUGAUAAUAGACCAGUUACUCAGGUUAACAAAUCUGCACCUGGAAGUGAUGUGGCUGCUGAAACAGCUGCAGCCAUGGCUGCAGCUUCGUUAGUUUUCAAAAGUACUGACAGUAGAUAUUCAGAUGUCCUCCUUCGACAUGCUGAGAAAUUAUUUACUUUUGCUGAUAAUUAUAGAGGUAUCUACAGCAACAGCAUUCCGAAGGUCCAGACUUUCUAUAAUUCUACUGGAUAUGGGGACGAACUCUUGUGGGCAGCUAGUUGGCUUUAUCAUGCCACUGGUGACCUAAGUUAUUUAAAUUAUGCUACGGUAAAGAAUGGAAAUACUUUUGCCGACUGGGGUAGACCAACUUGGUUCAGCUGGGAUGACAAACGAGCUGGUACUCAGAUACUUUUGUCCAGAGUGCAUUUCUUUGGCGCAACACAAUUUUCGAGUGGAGAGAUGAAUGGCCUCCGAUCGUAUAGAGACACAGCUGAAGCUGUUAUGUGUGGUUUGUUACCAGAUUCUCCGACCGCCACUUCUAGUAGAACAGAAGGUGGCUUGGUAUGGAUAGAUGAGUGGAAUGCUCUUCAACAUCCUGUGGCUGCAUCAUUCUUGGCUGUCGUUUACAGUGACUACAUGCUUACUUCUCGCACGCCAGAAAUACAAUGCAGUGGGAAAACUUUCACCCCGUCUGAUCUCCGAACCUUCGCUACAUCCCAGGUGGAUUAUAUCUUGGGAAACAAUCCAAUGAAGCUUAGCUACCUUGUGGGAUAUGGAGAUAGCUACCCGCAACAGGUUCACCAUAGGGGAGCAUCGAUUCCUGUAGACGCCAACACGGGAUGUAAGGGUUUCCAGUGGCUCUCUUCUACUGAGAAGAAUCCAAAUGUAGCCAUGGGAGCACUUGUGGGAGGACCAUUUAAGAAUGACUCAUACAUCGAUCUGCGAAACAACUCAAUGCAGAGUGAGCCUAGUACCUACAACAAUGCUGCACUUGUCGGAUUGUUAUCUGGCCUGGUUACCACCUCGAGUGUAGCCACUUCCUUGCGCUGAUCAGCCACUGCUUUUACACAUUGCUUGGAUGGCAUCUCGAAUUGUAUAUCUCUCUUAGUGAGUGAGUGAGUUCCCUUCACUAUGUUUCAUGAACUGUUGGUUUUAGACAUCGAUACGAUGGCGUCUCGAUGUUCAUUUGGUGUACCCUAAGCAUCCUUGUUCAUGUUGCUUCAUGAUAUUUUACGA